GUAAAAUUUACCUAGAGGCCGAAAGACUAUCAAAAGCCUCAACUUCCACCCUCAACAAACACUCUUCUUCACCCCCUUUUUCUACUAACACAUCAGCAAAAUGGGUCACCCAGCGGUUCGUCUCCUGAAGCUCUGCCAAAAUGUUGAACCGUAACUGAUUUGAUCGAUUUAGGGUCUACGCGCCGGUACUCGGGUAUGUCUCUGCGAAUGCCCUCAAAAAUCGCCAACACGACGUCGAAUUGGACUGCACUGACUGAUCAAUUAACAGUAUGCCUUCAGCCGAGAUUUCCGUAAGAAGGGUAUGAUCAACUUGUCGACCUACCUCAGACAAUACAAGUAAGCCCUCAGGCACGAAUGCGCAAACCUUCGAAGCAGGCGCUAAUACCGGAUAGGGUUGGAGACAUUGUUGAUAUCAAGGCAAACGGUGCCGUCCAAAAGGGGUCAGUCAAGCUUCCACCCGCCGCUCUCGAAACCUGCAAUGGCGCGAAACGAUUGAAGGCGGGCAGAUGGGUAUAAGAAUGGUGCUGAUAUUGGAAUAGUAUGCCUCACAAGGUUUAUCACGGAAAGACUGGAGUCGUCUACAACGUCACAAAGAGCGCCGUCGGUGUCAUCAUCUACAAGAAGGUCAAGCACCGUUACAUCGAGAAGCGUGUCAACCUCCGUGUCGAGCACGUCUCCCUUUCCCGAUCACGAGAAGAGUUCGUUCGACGAGUCAAGGCAAACGCCGAGUUGAAGAAGAAGGCAAAGACGGACGGCACACACAUCCACUUGAAGAGACAACCAGCCAUGCCAAGAGAGUCGAGAACCAUUUCCAUGAAGGAUAAUGUACCCGAAACCGUUGUACCGAUCGCAUACGAGACCACCAUUUAAGCGUUCGACAUUGUGGGAUUUGCUUGGGGUUUCUUUGGGGUUCGGGAAUUUGAUCAUGAUGGAUGGGAGG